AUGUCAAAAAUCGAUCCACUGCUGAAGCUUAGAUAAAAACAACAACGAGAGAUGCAGCAUCUCAUAGAAUAUGAAAAAUAAUUAAGAGAUAAGGAAAUUAGAAAUUCACAACUGCUAUUGAAAAAAAAAGAAAAGUUCUAAGACAUAUCUAUGAAGCAAUUGAAAUUCAAAGAAGAUUUAAAAUAAAAGGCUGAGCAAAAGAGAAUUGAAUUUGAAAGGAAUUUAAGUCAAGCAAGAUUGAUUGAAUAAGAAUAAUUGAAACAAUCACAAUUUCAUGUUAAUAAAACAAUUGAAAUGGUAACUAAAUUUGAAAAUGAAUACCAAAAAGAACAAUUAGAUUUUUUAAAUCAAAAAAAAUCGGAGCACAACCAUUAAAUUGAGUACGUUUUGGAAAAUAAGAAAAAAAUAGAAAACAGAAAAUUGAAAGAGUUAAGUCAAUCUUUAGAUGCAAAAUUCAAAUCCUCUUAAGAAUUAUAAGACAAUUUGAAUAAGCAAUUAAGUGACAGAUAGAAAUAGGAAUAAUAAAAAUUACAAACUUAUUUUAAGUAGGUUGAAGAAUAACAAUAAAAUCUAUAAAAAGAAAGAAUGAAAAAAGGAGAAAUGUUUGAAGAAAAACUAGAUAAAGUAGAAAAAUUAAAAUAAGAGAAAGAAAAAGAAUUGAAAGAAAGACAAAGACUUCGAUUAGAGGCUGAAAAAUAAAAAGAAAUGUUAUCUAAGGAAUUUUAAGAAGAAAUUGUGAAAAUGUAAAAGUCUAAUUUUCGCAAACAGUUGCUAAGUUGA